CACCAACUUACUGUUUUGAACAGAUUAAAGAUCUUCAUUAUGGAUGCUGGUAGAAGACAGAUUUUGGGUUUGGCUUUAGCCAUCAUCGGUGUAUUGGGGACCAUCAUGAUCUGUGCUCUCCCUGCCUGGAAAGUCUUCAUUAAUACUGAGUACCAUCAUGGAAUUUAUGGGGCAUGGCAUGGUUUGUGGAAAAUCUGUACAAUAUACGCCACAGGCAAGAUGGAAUGCGUUGAGUAUGAAGUUGUAGUUCCAGGACUGGUAGAUGACACCAUGAAAGCUAUCAGAGCACUCGUGAUUAUCGCAAUCCUCAGUGGGAUCUUUGGAAUCCUGCUUGGUGUGGCCGGGAACAAGCGCAUUAACUUCAUGUUGGAUGAUGGGCAAAAACGCAAAGCGGGCUUUGCUUCUGGAGUUGUCUUCAUCAUUGCAGGUUUCUUGGUGCUCAUACCUGUCUGCUGGAUGGCCAACAUCACCAUUCGUGAGUCUUACAAGGACAGAUAUGACAGUAGUGUCAGCGUACAGCUGGGAGCCUCACUCUACAUUGGCUGGUUCACUACUGGGCUUCUGUUCCUGGGAGGAGGCCUGCUCCUGUACCGACAGGAAUGAUACCGUCAUACUGAAUGUACAGUUAAGUAGUUCAGUGCUCACUCUGUGUAAAGCAUUAAUUAUCUCACCUAUGUAAGGCUUGCUUUUAGAUAUCCGCCACAAAAGAAAUGUUUUCAUAAUUAUUUCAUAAAUAUGAUCUUCUGUUUUUCCCUUCAGAACAAUAAUACAGCCUGAAAUGUAAUGAAAAUAAGGAGAAAUGUUAGCACUGAGUGUGUAACUUACGUUCUUCCUUUAUCCCCCCCCCUCCCCCAGAUCUCUGUGAUAUUAUUACGCUGUGCAUCUAAUAUUCCUAUAGAAUGUGUAUCAAGUGGUUUAAGUCUAAGCCUGAUAACUAUUUCUUUGAAAAACUGCUUCAAUAUAGAUGAUCAUGUGAUUUUCAUUUACUCUUUGAAUACUUUUCU